UCAUCCAGCAGCGCUCGUGCUCGCUCCUUUCAAAAUAACUGUCAUCCCCUGUGGAAACGGCUUUGCCUGGACGGGACUAAUUAUUUACAAAAUUGGAGGAGGGGUAAUUAAAACAGGAAACAUCAAAGGGCCGACGCGGUCACGACAGGGCUCAUUGGACACUGAGCACUCCUGGGUCGACCUGUCAAGUAGACAUGUUUCAAACUGUCCCUGACACGUCGUCUUACGUCAAGGUAAGACACCACCGUCUCUUCAAUCAGGAGGCGCUGUCAGUGGUGAGUGAAGACCAAUCUUUAUUUGAGCCUCCAUACGCUGCUGCUGCACCGCUUCCCAAAACAGACAUGACUGCAUCUGGCACACAAGACUAUAGCCAGACCCACAAAAUCAACCCUUUACCCCCACAGCAAGAAUGGAUCAACCAGCCAGUGCGGGUCAACGUCAAGCGAGAAUAUGAGCACAUGAAUGGAUCCAGCAGAGAGUCUCCUGUGGACUGCAGUGUGGUUAAAUGUAAUAAGCUGGUGGGGGGCAACGACACGUCUCAGAUGAGUUAUGGAAAUUACAUGGAUGAGAAGAAUGUCCCUCCUCCCAAUAUGACGACCAAUGAGCGACGAGUCAUUGUGCCUGCAGACCCAUCGUUGUGGUCCCAGGACCAUGUCCGCCAGUGGCUAGAGUGGGCCAUUAAGGAAUACGGCCUGUUAGAGAUCGACACAACUAUGUUUCAGAACACAGACGGCAAAGAGCUCUGCAAGAUGAGUAAAGACGACUUUCUCCGACUCACCACCAUGUACAACGCUGAAGUGCUCCUGUCUCAUCUCAAUUACCUCAGGGAAAGUAGCUCAUCAUUAUCCUACAACACGCCAUCUCACACGGAUCCAUCCCCACGCCUGGCUACCAAAGAGGAACCUUCAUAUGAUGCUGUACGGCGAACGGGAUGGUCCAGCAAUAUGCACAGCGGCAAAGGCUCACCAGUGGUUACUCAGAAUGUGACUAAAUCCACUGAACAGCCCAGAGCUCAGCCAGAUCCUUACCAGAUUCUUGGACCAACCAGUAGUCGCCUCGCCAAUCCAGGUUCAGGUCAGAUCCAGUUGUGGCAGUUCCUCCUGGAGCUCCUAUCUGACAGCGCCAAUGCUGGCUGCAUCACCUGGGAGGGUACCAAUGGCGAGUUCAAGAUGACGGACCCAGAUGAAGUGGCGCGGCGUUGGGGCGAGCGUAAAAGUAAACCUAAUAUGAACUAUGACAAGCUGAGCCGUGCACUGCGCUACUACUAUGAUAAGAACAUCAUGACGAAGGUGCACGGCAAGCGCUAUGCCUACAAGUUUGACUUCCACGGUAUUGCUCAAGCUUUGCAGCCGCACCCUACUGAGUCAUCCAUGUAUAAGUACCCUUCGGACCUAGCCUAUGUGCCUUCCUACCAUGCUCACCAGCAGAAGGUUAACUUUGUUUCCCCACACCCGCCUUCCAUGCCAGUCACCUCCUCCAACUUUUUUGGACCCACUACUCCAUACUGGAGUUCACCCACUGCAGGCAUCUACCCUAACCCAAAUGUGCCCCGCCACCCUAACACCCACGUCCCGUCUCACCUGGGCAGUUACUAUUAAAAUUCCCCGCUGUGACCAGCCAUCAUCUCGGCCUGUAUUACCAAUGGCACCAAAACACAGAACAACUGAGCUAAUGGGGCAUUUGUCCUCUGAAGAAAUUUGGCUCCUGAAAAGAUGAAGAAUGAUAGAAUUGAAGAUUUUCUUUUUAUAUGUAAGAAUUUAUUUUAAAAAUAAACUGGAUGCUGUGGUCCAAAAUGGAAUACUACUUAUAAAUGUUGACUUGCUUUUUUGUUUGUUUUGGACAUGCCUCUGAGUCUCCGGUGCCUUUGUCUUCCUCUUCUGCCUGAAAGCUGCAACUACAGUCUCAACAGACCUGAGGACAGUCUGUCUGCAUCCUCACUCCCUUGUUUGCCCCAUUGCCAGACAUGGGCCUGCUAUUUAUGGGUCUCAAUCUACAUCUGCCUCAGUACAUCUGGGACAUUACAUUUUAAAGCAUCUGCUUUCUACGACUUUGCUGGGAUUUCUCAUUCUCCCAUCUCACCUUCUGUUUCCAGUGUCUACAUCCGCAUCUUUUUAUGCGUGUUUGGAGAGUCUCCUGGAAUUCACCUGGCAAGAUGAGCUCUUAAAAGAGGUGGACUUUUCUCAGCACUGAAUGAAAUUUGGCAACUGGAAUAUCCCAUUCAUCGUUUAAUUUAAACUGGAAGGCUAGAGAAGAAUUAAAGCUAUAGAGAGAAGCGCUGUAUAUUUGGCUGACCUGGGUCAAAUCAGUUACUUUUUUGUGUGCUUGUGUCGUGUACUUUUCAAGGUAGACAUUGUAUACACUUCGAGGGCAAUUCAGUUGGCUCAGUUGUGUUGGAAGAGCAGAGGUGAGAUGUAAUUGAAGUAAAUUGCAACAAUAAUUCAAUCCAGGUCAGAUGUUUCAAGCGGUCACACAGAGGCUGUUAAAUGUUUGCAAUGUUGUUUUUUUAGCCGUGACAUUUCCAGAUGUUUUGUUGUUGGACCAUGUCAAUAUUAAUGUGAAUGUCUUUUGGACGGAGAAAUGCAUAUAUGAACAUCCUAUAUCAAAAUCAAAUUUGUCAGAUUAUUUCAAAUUAUAUAUAUAUAUAUAUAUAAUGAAGAAAUGUUUCUUCAUACUUACCACCCCAUUUGCUGCAUAUCAAUCCACCAAACUGAGCCCAGUGGUGAAGUUUCUACUUCCUAUAUUUUAUGUUGCAGAUGUUAUUAUGUAGUAGUUAUCUACACAACAUGUAUUGCAUGUUGUUUAGUUAACAUUUUAUUUCAGGUGCCUUAGCAUGGACAACAACAACAAGAGUCAGACAAAGUCAUGCGACGAAUUCUAUCAGUUCUAUUCAAUAAAAGAAUAAAGGUGCAAUAGGACAUUUCAGUUUCUCAAGCUAAAUCUAACCUUUUCUUUUUUAUUUUGAAGUGCACUCUGAUAAUAAUGGGACACCCCUCCAAGUCUGCAGCCAGAAUAUUUCUUGUUUUGGGUUGUCUAAUUGCUCGGGUCAUGUCUAUGUCACUCUCUUUGAUGAGAGUGCAUUAAAUUCUAGCAUAUAGUCAGAGCCCACCUCUUUCCAUUUUGGGUUUACUGAGUGGACUUAAAGUCUGUGGUGACUAGCUCAUGGCCCUGCAUCAGACAGCUGGCCAAAACAUCCAGGAAAGUGGAUAUCCCCUGUGGUCAAUGUUGAAAAGCGAUGGGAGUGUGACCAAUAUUUUUUUUUUUUACAAAUCUCUGACUGAAACAUUGACAGGUUGGCCAUUGUCAUGUCUUGAUUAGUCAGCUGUGUGGGGCAGUAAUUCACCCUUGUGUUUGUUUUUGUUUUUUUUUUUUCAGGUUAUUUUUGUUCCAGCUGGACAAAAACUGUAAAUAUAUGUAGGGAUUUUAUCCUGGUCUGAGCAGUAUAGUUUUCAGAUGGCCUGUGCAUUGGAAUCACUCUGAGUGUGAAAACAUAUUAAGCACAACAGCAGAAAAUGUGUUGUAGAAAGAAAUGUGCCAGCUGUUCGUUUUUUUUUUUAUUUUUAUCUUUAUUCAUUUUCAACCUUUAGAAUUUGGGAAAAGUAACACAAGAAAAGCACACCUGUCUCUUAGAGCUUUUCUUUAAGAACUUAUUCAUCAGAAGAUGAAGCUUAUGUGAUCAGUGGAAAGAUUAUGUGUCUGGCUUAAGUAUAAACUGCAAGACUAACUUAACAGCAUAUCUAUGCUUACCGUUUGCCAAAUCCCAUGCACGCCAUCCAUGAUCACUGCUUUAUCGACAGGUUUAGGGGUAAGUUGUGUUUGGCCAGGCCUGGCUCUUCAUUUGAAUGCUGCAUGUGCUUCUGAAUGUUACUUUCUAACCCAGCUGAAGGCCUGCAAAAAUACACAUGGAUGUCAAUCCAGGAUUUCAUCAUAAAGUCAAAACAUAUCCACCUUCAGGUGUUCAAAGCUUGUAGCAACAUAUGUUUGUUUUAAGUGACUGAAAAUGGACACUUGAAAAUAAAUUACUUGGGAAUGAGUAGUUUAUCAGAGAACAAAACCGCUAAAGUAUGAUGAAAUGAAACAAAGAAAUCCUCAGAUUCGCAAACGCUGUGCGUUUGUCAGACCUAUUUUUUAUUAUUAUAUAAGCAACAGUCAACUAGGCAUUAAAGCAACUUACUGUAUAAAUUAUGCAGAGUUAUUUUCAUAUGUGACACAGUAUUAAAAAGUCAAGAGAAUUAAUACGAGUUGACCUCGGUCAAAAAUGCAAACCUUUUAAGUCCAUUUCUGCUAAGUAGUUUGUUCAGCAUUUUAAACGAUUUAUAUCUGUACAUUUGGGCAAAACAUUUUAUCAUUGUUUGUGAUUGUUGGUUUUCUUGUUAUUGUUAAUAUUUCUGACAUAUGGCUUUAUAACAUCCAAAGUGCUUUAAAGUGCACUUUUUUUGUAUUGCCAAAACCAAAGAUGCCUGCUUCAAUCAUAACCUAACAGCCAUGAAUCUUUUACUUUACAUUGCAUUAUGUGAUUAUAAUGGUUCUUUCCAUUGUAAAUCAUAUUAACAAAUUACAUAUCAUAUUGCUCUGACGAAUGCAAUAACAACAUUCAGGUAUUUUAUUCCCCCAGAAAAUACAGACACUCUGUCCACUACCAUCUUUCCCUGUUUUUCAUAGCUUAAAACAAGUAGAUAACAAGGGAACAUGUAAUUUGUAGCAUAAUCAAAUUAUUGUAAUGUACCCUGAAGUUCCAUGCAAGCAUUAUCACUGAAUAGGGAUCAGUGCUACUUCAUAUAUGCAAUGUGUUUUGGAUAUCAAAUAUAUAUAUAUAUUUGUAUGUAUAAUAUUAUGAUUAACCAAUGUGUUGUAUUAUUAUUAUUAUAUUAUUGUCCUGCAAUGUAUGAAGUAAUACCUUUUGAUAAAGGGCUUUUGUAUAGGAGAAUGUGACUAAAUAAAUAUUUUUACCUCUCAAAAUGUUGGUAUAGGUGAAAUUAAAGUUUGUGCAUUCUAUGUUGUACACCAUAAUACAAUAAAUCAUUGUGGCAAUCCCUUGAGGGUGAGGAA